AUGAAAACACUUUCAGAAUGUUUGGGACUUAAGCUUGCACUUCUUUUACUUAAGUAUGAUUUCUUAAAUAAACUUGCUACUGUGAAAUAUAUGGGUCACUUCAAGGACUGGAAAUCCUUGAUGACUCGCUUUACAAAAGUUUUAUUGGACAAGCUACCAACGUGUGGAAUCGGCUUCCAGCAGAGAUUAUCCAAGCAUGACCUAUAUGACUUCAAGAGCCUACUCUGCCCUAAUAGUAAAAAUACCACCAUAUCGAAAAACCACAAUCUGCGCUCAACUGCCGACCCGUGCGGACGUGCUACUCCGCUCGCUCCUUGUGAGUCAUUCGGCGCUGUACAGGCGCACGCGUUCAUCGUCUGCUGCUCACCUCCUCAUGCUGCCUGCUGUCUUCUCGCUGCCUACUGCCCUCUUGCUAGUUGGUCGCUCCGGCAAAAAAGGCCCGUAUGA